UUACAUACCUUACAUUAUUCAUCUCAUAUGUAUAUACUGUACUCUAUAUUGUCUACUGCAUCUUGCCAUCUUUAUGUUAUACAUGUAUCACUAGCCACUUUAAACUAUGCCACUUUAUCUUUAUAUACCCUACAUUACUCAUCUCAUAUGUAUAUACUGUACUCGAUACCAUCUACUGCAUCUUGCCUAUGCCGUUCUGUACCAUCACUCAUUCAUACAUCUUUAUGUACAUAUUCUUUAUCCCUUUACACUUGUGUGUAUAAGGUAGUAGUUGUGGAAUUGUUAGGUUAGUUUACUCGUUGGUUAUUACUGCAUUGUCGGAACUAGAAGCACAAGCAUUUCUCUACACUCACAUUAACAUCUGCUAACCAUGUGUAUGUGACAAAUAAAAUCUGAUUUGAUUUGAAAACAAGAAAUGCAUCAAAGUUGAGUCAGUUUUGCAUCGUCGUUUAAUCAAUUUUUUUUCUUGGUAAUUAAUAUAACCACAGAGCCCACGCCUACUCUUCCGUUUCAUUCCAUGCACUGCCAGAGAGCUCUACAUUCACCAGACCUCUCCACCUCUGGAGGGAAAUGCAGCAAUGGCCCUGAGAGCAGCAGGAAGUAUGUUUGGGGUUUUCCUGUUAUCUGUGGCAGGAGUACUGGGAGAGUAUGGCUGGGAUGUGACUUUCACCAGGACAAGAAUAUGUGCGUUGAAGGGAUUAUCAGUAGAUGUUUCCUGCACUUACAGAUAUCCCAGUGGGAAUGAGAUCAUAGAAACAGAAUGGUAUAAAUGGUGGAACGUCACAGUGGGGUAUACUUAUAACAUCAUGGAACAACAAGCGUUUGCAGGUCGUGUUGAGUACCUUGGGAAUAAUCACAAUGACUGCACUCUGAAAAUCACAGACCUGAGAGAGAAUGACACAGCGGAGUAUUGCUUCGGAUUUAAAACCAACAUACACGGCUGGAUAUAUCAGAAAGAUAUAUUCAUCUCCGUGACAGACCUGAAGGUGACUACCUAUGUGACAAAGGGAUCAUGGGUGAUACUGAAUUGCAGCACCACCUGUACUCUGAGUGACAACCCCAAUCCUGACUACAUCUGGUACAAAAAUGGAAAGCCUCAACAUGAAUAUGUGUCACAAAAUUACAGUGUCUUGAGUUCUGAUGAAGACAGUUACUCCUGUGCUGUAAAAGGUUACGAGGACCACCGCUCUCCUGCAGUGUGUGCCGUGGGCCAGAACUGUUGGAGAGUGAUUUACGGCAAAAGGAGUAUCUGUGCCUUGAAGGGGUCAUCAGUGGACAUAUCCUGCACUUACACAUAUCCCAAUGGUCAUAUACCCAAAGACACAUUCUGGUUUACUCAAGGAAAGUCUACAAAGGAGCCUACAGAUCUGAAGAAGGACCCAAACUAUUUGGAUCGUCUGGAGUACCAUGGAAAUGAGGACAGUGAUUGCACCCUGAGAAUCAAAGACCUUAAAGACAGUGACUCAGCUGAGUACAAAUUCAGAUUAGUAACUGCAGAAGAGAAAUAUGUCAGUUCACCCGGUGUAUACCUGACUGUCACAUAUGUCCUGUUGGAGAUUAACCCUAUGUCUGUCUCUGAGAGGGAAAUGGCCAAACUGACAUGUACAGCCAACUGUAGACUGGGUGACAACACAGUCUUCAUUUGGUAUAAGAACAGACAGGCUAUACCAAACAGCCACAACUACUCCAACAGCCUGCACCUGUGCCAAGUCAGCAGUGAGGAUGCAGGCAGCUACUCCUGUGCUGUAGAAGGCCAUGAGAAUCUCCACUCUCCUGAAGUGACUCUAACUGUCAGAUACAAACCAAAGAACAUCUCAGUGUCAAUCGGUCCCUCUGGUGAAAUAGUGGAGGGCAGUUCAGUUAUUCUGACCUGCCACAGUGAUGCCAACCCACCAGUUCAGAAAUACACCUGGUAUAAGAGGAACAUCAACACACCAAAAGAAUCCGGUCUGAUCUAUCGCAUCAUCAACAUCAGAUCGGAGGACAGUGGAGAAUAUUACUGUGAGGCACAGAAUGAAAUGGGAGCUAAGAACUCCACAGUUAGAUUGAUCAUAGUAUCAGGAAAAAAACCUAGUAUUAACAUAGCUUUAGGAAUCACAGUGGUUGCUCUGGUUCUCAUUCUCCUAUUUAGCUUUCUGUGGUUCAGAAAGAGGGCUCCCAAAUCAACUGACACACGGGAUACAGCAGAGGAUGGACAGGGAGGCUCUAGUCACCUGUAUGACACCAUCUCAGGCAUGGCCAUGACCCCUCCUGCAGUACAGACAGUGGACACAGACGAGGAUGGACAGGGAGGCUCUAGUCACCUGUACGAAACCAUCCUGAGGACAGCCCCAACUGCAGCACAGAAUGCGGACACAGAUGAGGACGUCAGGAUCUAUGCCAAUGUCCACCUAUCUCACUCCAGAAACCAUGAAGAACCUCUUUACUCCACUGUCCAACUGCCUAACCCUGAGAAACAGGACAAAGUCCAGUAUGCUGUAUUAAAAUUCAAUCGCCUAGGUGUUGCCCCCCAUCCUGCAGCACACGCAGCUGAAGAUCCAUCUGCAACCUAUAGCACAGUCUACAAACCCAGAACCUGAACACAAGAAGGUACAUUCUUAUCCUCUUAUCCAGUUUCCCAGGCCUACUGUCACUGUAAUCCUACUGAGAUGAAUUUAAAAACUGUCACGAAUCCCGUUUCCUGAGUCUGUUUUUUGCCUGUGUUCUGUCCUGGAGUGUUUUUUCCGGCGUCCUGGAACGCACCCUGUCUGGUUGCCGGGCAAUGUAGCCAGUUGGGAGUUCUGAUUACCCGCACCUGUAUCCCAUCAGCUAUCUGCACACCUGGUCCUGAUCAUCAUCUCUCCUCUUCAUAAGCCCGGACCUGACAUCCAUUCCCUGCCGGAUCGUUAGCCAUGAAUAGUAUGUUGUGCCAUAGUAUCAGCCUCAAGUUGGAUAUAAUUUGUUUUGUUGUUUUUUACGUUUUGCUUGCCUUAAACUUACCUCCGUUUGUUCUGUCUUCAGUUACUCACCCGGAUCAUUUAGUGUGGUGUAAGAUGUGACUCAUGAUAGGUACGGUGAUAUUGUUAAGCAUUAAAAGCUUUUGAAAAAUGCAUCUCAGUGAGACUGUACACUGAGUGUACAAAACAUUAGGAACAUCUGCUCUUUAAACGACAGACUGACCAGGUGAAUCCAGAUGAAAGCUUUGAUCUCUUAUUGAUAUCACCUGUGCAACGCUUCAAUCAGUGUAGAUGAAGGGGAGGAGAGGUUAAAGAGGGAUUUUUAAGACUUGAGACAAUUUAGAUAUGGAUUGUGUGUGUGUUCCAUUCAGAGGGUGAUGUGCAAGACAAAAAAUGCAAGUGCCUUUGAACAGGUUAUGGUAAUGGGUGCCACACACACCGCUUUGACUGUGUCAAGAACUGCAACGCUGCUGGGUUUUUCAGACCUAAUAGUUUUCCGUGUGUCCACCACCCAAUGGACACCCAGCCAACUUGACAAAACUGUGGGAAGCAUUGGAGUCAACAUGGGCCAGCAUCCCAGUGGAAGGCUUUUGACACCUUGUAGAGUUCCUGCUGCAAUGAAUUGAGGCUGUUCUGAGGGAUGUAACUCAAUAUUAGGAAGGUGUUCCUAAUGUUUUGUGCACUCAGUGUAUAAUAGACAUGUAACCUCAGAGCUUAUGUGUUUGUGAAGGGUAUGGCUCUGACAAAAUGUUUGAAGGGAACAAAUGUUUCUUAUAUUGUCUAAAUUGUGUUUCUUUACUAAAUGUAAUAAAAUAAUCAAA